AUGGAUAACGUCCUUCCUGUGGACUCUGACCUCAUCACCAACAUCUCUACCAACACUUCUGAGUCCAACCAGUUUGUGCAGCCUGCCUGGCAAAUCGUCCUUUGGGCAGCUGCCUACACCGUCAUCGUGGUGACCUCCGUGGUGGGCAAUGUGGUGGUGAUGUGGAUCAUUUUGGCCCACAAGAGAAUGAGGACAGUGACCAACUAUUUUCUGGUGAACCUGGCCUUCGCCGAGGCCUCCAUGGCUGCGUUCAAUACGGUAGUGAACUUCACCUACGCCGUCCACAACGAGUGGUACUACGGUCUCUUUUACUGCAAGUUUCACAACUUCUUCCCCACCGCAGCCGUCUUCGCCAGUAUCUACUCCAUGACAGCUGUGGCCAUCGACAGGUACAUGGCCAUCAUCCACCCUCUGCAGCCACGGCUGUCGGCCACCGCUACCAAAGUGGUCAUCUUUGUCAUCUGGGUCCUGGCUCUCCUGCUGGCCUUCCCACAGGGUUACUACUCCACCACAGAGACCAUGCCCAGCAGGGUCGUGUGCAUGAUCGAGUGGCCUGAGCAUCCGAACAGGACUUACGAGAAAGCGUACCACAUCUGUGUGACUGUGCUGAUCUACUUCCUGCCCCUGCUGGUCAUCGGCUAUGCGUACACUGUGGUAGGGAUCACACUGUGGGCCAGCGAGAUCCCUGGGGACUCCUCCGAUCGUUACCACGAGCAAGUCUCUGCCAAGCGCAAGGUGGUCAAAAUGAUGAUCGUGGUCGUGUGUACCUUCGCCAUCUGCUGGCUGCCCUUCCACAUCUUCUUCCUCCUGCCCUACAUCAACCCAGAUCUCUACGUGAAAAAGUUCAUCCAGCAGGUCUACCUGGCUAUCAUGUGGCUGGCCAUGAGCUCCACCAUGUACAACCCCAUCAUCUACUGCUGCCUCAAUGACAGGUUCCGUGUGGGCUUCAAGCACGCCUUUCGCUGCUGCCCCUUCAUCACUGCUGGUGACUAUGAGGGGCUGGAAAUGAAAUCUACCCGAUACCUCCAGACCCAGGGCAGCGUGUACAAGGUCAGCCGCCUGGAGACCACCAUCUCCACUGUGGUGGGAACCCAUGAAGAUGAGCCAGAGGAUGGCCCCAAGGCCACACCUUCAUCGUUGGAUCUCACCUCCAAUGGCUCCUCUCGCAGCAAUUCGAAAGACCAUGACAGAAAGCUCGAGCUUCUACUCUAACAUGCUGGCCUAGGCAGUGGGUGUGUCCCAAAGGCGCGGCCACCAGCCCAUCCUGUGUCCUGACUCAUUUAUCCAUGGAAGUCUUUGCUCGGGAAUCUCUUGGAAAGACCCUAAUA